UUUAGCUGAUUUAGGCUUCCAAGAGAUCCUCCAAAAAACAUUUGCAACCAUGAAGUGGGCCACUCUGAUUUGUCUGUUGAUUUUGACCAUAGCAACGGAGUCAAGACACCUACAAAAGCGACAUCAUGAACAACAUGAACGGUUGAUUAACGAUAUUGUAAAGGCAGUAGGAAAACCAGCUGUUGAAAAAUUAUUGUUGGUGAUAGUGGCACAGGAUUUUGAAAAAUGCUCACUGGAUGAACACCUAAAACUCCAUGCAAAAAUCAUGGAGGCUGUUGAUAACUGCGAAAAACAUCCAGAGGAAGCUAUUUGUAAAAAAACAGCGAUGGAAAUGUAUCAUGACAUAGUUUGCAAAGAAGAAGACAUCGAACAGAUUUACCCCUGGAUUACAGAGUGUUGCGGCAAAGCGGAGGCAGAGAGGAUCACGUGCUUUUAUGAGCAUAGAAAAACUAAAGUUGAGGAAUAUAAGAUACCAGAUGUUGAAGAAGCCUGCAAAACACAUGCAGAGAACCCACAACGUGCCUUUUCUUACUACCUCUCCAACAUUGCCGCAAGACAUCCAGAACUCUAUCCACCAGCUGUUAUUGGUUUUGCUAUACAAUACAAUCAAAUCACUACUGAAUGUUGUGCUGCAGAAGAAAAAGCCAAGUGCUUUUCUGAACGGAUGCCUCAGGCAAAAAAAUUAACAAACUAUCUUGAGGAUAAACAGAAGCAGAAAUGUCGUAUUAUUAAAGAAUUUGAACCUAGAGUUUUUGAAGCACUAGUACUAACUCAAGUCUCCCAAAAGUUUGGUAAGGCAAAGUUUGAAGAUGUGGUAAAAGUCGCAGAGGAAAUUAUACAUUUGAAUCAAGACUGUUGCAAAGGUGAUGCCGUGGAAUGUAUGAUUGAAAGGAUGGAAGCAACCGAUCAUAUUUGUGGUGCUAAGGACAAAUUAUCAAGCAAAUUAGGUGACUGUUGUGAUAAAAGCCUUCUAGAACGAACACCCUGUAUUCUUGCCCUGCCAAAUGAUGAGUCUGACUUGUCCAAAGAACUGAAAAAUUAUUAUGAAGAUGAACAUGUGUGUGAGAACUAUAAAAAAGACAAAAGGACAUACCUUGCCACAUUUACAUACGAUUAUUCCAGAAGUCACCAGGAAUCAUCACCCCAGUCUUGUCUACGAGUUGCUAAAGGAUAUGAAGGGUUGCUGGAAAAGUGCUGUGCUGGUGAUAACCAUGUCGAGUGUCUCAAGCAAGCCCCUAUUAUGUUAGAAGCUGCACUGAAAGAAGUGGAAGAACUAAAGAAACAGAACUGUGGUGCCUUGAAGCAGCUCGGGGUUAAAGAUUAUUAUAUUCAGGUGCUUAUUAGAUACUUUCACAAGAUGCCUGGGGUAACAGCCCCAACGCUUGUUGAUUUUACUGGUAGAAUGACCAAGAUUGCAGUCUACUGCUGUGGCGUGGCUGAAGAAAAGCAGUAUAUCUGUGCUGAAGAAAAGCUGGAUAUUCUUCUGGGAGAGAUGUGUGAAAAGGAAAAGCAUGCAGCUGUAAAUGACAAUGUUCACCAUUGUUGCGUCGACUCAUAUGCUAAUAGAAGAAAAUGCUUCACUAAUCUUGGACCUUAUCCUAAUUAUGUCGCGCCAGCAUGGGAUGAAAGUAAGCUCCACUUUAAUGCCGACUUGUGUGAAGGUUCAGAAGCUGACCAGCUAAAGAAGAAACUGGAAUUGUUGGUUGAAUACUUGAAAAUGAAGCCUGACUGUGGGCAAGAAAAACGUACAGAGGUUAUUGAAGGUGUUCGAAAAACAGUUGAAAAAUGCUGUGCAGCAGAGGGCCACCAGCUGUGCUUUGAUACCGAGAAAGUAGGCAUUCUUGAAAUAAUACUUAAGGGCCAUUGACAUGGAACAGGCCACAAGCUGAUAGAACAAGACAGCCAUGAGCCACUAGGUUAAAUCAUCAUUAACUGGUCAUUAAAUACAUGUCGCUGAUACAUGUCUCUGAAGACUCAAGUAGAAAAAAACUACCAUUGUUUUACUGCAAAAUAAUGAAAAAAUAAAUUCUUCAGAACUGGA